CCUCUUCCCUUGGGAAGUCACGCGAAGCUCCUUCCACCGCCCAGCAGCAGCAGCAGCAGCAGCAGCAGCAGCGCAAUGACGGUGUAAGGGGGCGGGUUCCCUGACGCUGCUAUCGGGUGGUGUGACACGUACGGCGGAAGCGAAGGGACAAACGGAGUACUACAGGCAGUGGUAUCGUCGGCUGUGGUGUGGAGUAAGGACAGGUAUUUGUGUAGAAGGCAUCUAAAGACCUUUCCGACAUGGAUUUUCUUGACCGGAAUAUCAACUUCAAUGCUCUUUUGAAGUUUUCACAUAUUUCCCCAUCCACACAGCAGCACUUGAAACGGGUGUACACCAGCUUUGCUUUCUGUAUGCUGGUAGCUGCUGCUGGCGCUUAUGUUAAUGUGGCCCUUAAAUUUCUGCAGGGCAGCUUCUUGUCCUUUCUAGGCUCACUGGCCAUGAUGCUCUGGCUCAUGUUCACCCCUCACAGCUAUGAGAAUGAAAAGAAGCGCCUGGGAAUCUUGGUUGGUUUUGCCUUUUUCUGUGGUGUUGGAUUGGGUCCUGCUUUGAAUUUCUGCAUUGCUGUUAACCCCAGCAUCAUCCCUACUGCUUUCCUGGGUACAGCAUUGAUCUUCGCCUGCUUCUCGCUCAGUGCCCUUUAUGCACAAAGACGUAGUUUCCUUCUCCUGGGAGGUUUGCUGUCAACUGUCCUGAGCGUCCUUGUUUUCUCUUCACUGAUAAACAUGUUUGCUGGAUCUGAAUUUCUCUCUAAAACAAAUCUGUACCUUGGCCUGCUGGUCAUGUGUGGCUUUGUAUUGUUUGACACCCAGCUUAUUAUUGAAAAAGCUGAGAAUGGGGACAAGGAUUAUGUGUGGCAUUGUGUAGACCUGUUUCUGGAUUUCAUCACCAUCUUUAGGAAGCUCAUGAUAAUCUUGGCUAUGAAUGAGAAGGAUAAGAAAAAAGAGCGAAAGUAAAGCAGACCACAUCCAGGAGUUGAUAUUUGUUUCCAAUUUCCCUUUUUUUCUCUCCCUUUUAAUUGGCUUUUGUGUUCCAUGGUAUGAUUAAACUCUUGGGGAAUUUAUUUUUUAUUUUUUGUAUAUUUUCCUCUUCAUCCCAGUGUUUGCUGAUUACAUGAAAGGGUUUCAUAGCUUCAUUUCCUUUUUAUUGCUGUGAUGCACAAACUUCUAAAAUGUUCACAUCAUCCGUCAUGACUGCACAAGUCCCUACCCUGAAAAUGUAAGCGGUUUGUGUCAGAAUUUGUGCAUCACUGCUUUACCUAAAGUUCAGUCUAACUUUUGGCAUACUGAGUACACAUGAGUUGGAGAGAGUGGGAUUCUAUUCCUCCACUACAAUUAUCCUAAACCUUUUACCAGUUCAGGCAGAUAAGAUUACUUUCCCAGCAGUGCCACAGAUGUUUAAGGAAUCCAUUUUGAAUUUUAGGAGUCGUCUAUUAUCUGAGAAAUAUCUGACACCUGUCGCUGUACUAGCUGUGCAUCACCACUCUCACUAACAUUCCUUAAACUGAGAACUUGGUGCUUCCUCAAAGAUGAAUGGACAAAUGAAGGACUCGUCUCCCUAUGUAUGUGCCUAAUUAAAACAUAAUUGCUCAUACCUGGCUCCUAAGACCAUUGUCUAUAUCCCCGCUUUCUGCCAAGUCUUGGGUUUACUCAAUAAUACAGUUGCCAUUCCCAUUAAGGAAUGCGCAGUGUGAUUAAGUACCUGUACUUGAUACCUGUUAGCACUAUAGACUUAUAAAGCCUCGCCCCCUUGAUGUAAUUUGCACCCUGGCAUUGUCAGUUUGCCAGGAGGAAGUACCUAAUGUUGAAGAUCUGAAGAUGUGUGUACAUGCUUCACGAGGGAGAAGCCACACCUGAAUUAAACCCCUGAACAAAAAGUAUUGAUAAACUUAAUUAUUUAUAGACUUAUUUUUCGCAUUUGAAUAAAGACUAUUUCUUUGCUUUAUAAGAGUAAAAAUAUAUUGUAAAGUCUUCUGCAGCUGUAAAUUCUUCACCUGUUGUGUCUAUAAUCUAGUUAUAGUUUAAAAAAAAAAAAAGUAAAAUAAAAAAAAUAAAUCCUUCUUUGUUUCCAUGAAUCGGAUCCUUCCUGCUUAGCUUUCAGUAGUACCUGGUUGAUCCCACUUCCCCGUCUUUUCUAACUUGUUAAUAAGCAGUUUGAAUUUCUAAGACUUUUGCGUAAGAGGUUGGAUUAAAGUGUUAAUGUCCUCUGCUGUCCCUACUUUCUCUUUACCCUCCCCCUGCAUGCUUUUAGGGAUACGGCAAGAUGCUUUAGAAACAGUGCCAAGAUGAAUUACCUUGAGGAUAAAAAAGAAAAUUCUAUGUUAAAAUGUAUAAAAUGUUUUUCAUAACUUUUAAUUUUUGUGCAGUGAUUUUCUGAAUCCAGACAUAAUUGACUGUCAACACAGUGAAACUUUUUGAUUGAAAUACAAAAAUAUGAAUUACUUUGUACAAGUUCUUAAAGUACUAAAAAUAAAAAUGACAAAAAUGUU